AUGGGUAGCCAACUUGGGAUGUCUUAUCCUUACGGGGUUUCUCCUAAUCAACCACCUGUCAUACUUUCGAAUGAAUCUAGAAGGGCGACUAUUGAUCCAUCUAUCAGCGACAAAGAAUCUCUAACGUCAUCAUCUGUUCCAGCAACUCAGGUGCCACCACACUCAUCACAAGAAGAGCGUGAAGUUGAGCUGGAGGAAAAUGAAUCGAAAAGAAGAUUCUGGUCUCCCGAUGAAGAUGUGGUCCUUGCGAAGUCAUGGGCAACUAUAAGCACUGAUGCAAUCAUUGGUAAUGACCAGAAGGAUCAAGCUUUUUGGAAACGUAUUGGUGAUUACUACAACAAACAUCGCCCCGCUGGAUCUAUGAUGAGAAGUUAUCAGCGUCUGAAAUCACAUUAUUACAGGGUUCUCAAAGACUACGAGAAAUAUACUCCACAAUCAGUUGCUCAUUACUCUAACAAGAAGGCAAGGACAUCCGAGUCAGGAGGAAACACUUCAACAUCAAAUCCAGAUACAAGUGUUGAUUUAGAUGACUCUGAAGUCCGCAUUCGUCCGAUAGGGCAAAAGGCAGCGAAGAGGAAGGGCAAAUCUAAAGCCAGAGAGGGCGACACAAUGGAACAUAACAUCGACAAAGAAUGGCAAGAUAUUAAAGAAUAUCAAAUGCAAAAAAUGGCUCUGCGGGAAGCCGAGAUCUUUCAUAAGGAUUAUGAAAUUCUUAUGAAGGAUACCAGUGAGAUGACACCAGGACAACUUUAUUUACAUGAGAAAAUGGUGGAAAAAAUUAAACAGAGACAUGGCCUGGUGUAG